AUUCGUAGAAGACGUCUUGCACGGCUGGCUGGUGGACUGACUUCACAACCUACCACUCCACUUACCUCCCCACAGCGAGAAAACCCACCUGGAGUGUCUACAGCAACACCAAACAUAUCUCAAAAUAUGGCCCUAAGUGUACAGAGCAUGACUCCUGCCACAUCUCCUAUUGGAGCAACAGGUGUUGCACAUAGAAGCCAGAGCAGUGAAGGGGUGAGCUCACUCAGCAGUUCCCCAUCAAAUAGCCUUGAAAACCAGUCUCAGAGUCUCUCCCGAUCUCAGAGUAUGGAUAUCGAUGGUGUGUCCUGUGAGAAAAGCAUGUCUCAAGUGGAUGUAGACUCAGGAAUUGAAAAUAUGGAAGUUGAUGAGGGUGAUCGGCGGGAAAAACGGAGUUUGACUGAUAAGGAACCCUCAUUGGGCUCAGAUGUGUCAGAAGAACAAGCACUUUUGCUGAUAUGUAAAAUCUUCCGGGUCUCUUGGAAGGAGCGUGAUAGGGAUGUAAUCUUCUUACCUGGUCUGGCUGCAGAGUUUAAACAGAAUGCAAAAGAAGUUUUUUCAAAUUGGAAAGACUUGAUCGGCCAGAUUCUAAUGGAGGUUCUGAUGCUGUCCACUCAAAUGCCGGAAGACAACCCAUUUGCCAGUUUGACUGCCACCUCUCAACCUAUUGCAGCAGCUGCAAGGUCACCUGACAGGAACUUGCCUCUUAACCCUCCAUCGAAUCAUGGAACAAGUCCGAUGUUUUGCAGCCCAGGUUCUUUUGGUGCCGGUUCUUUAUCGAGUCUAUAUGGAGCCAGCCCAAGUUCUCGAUCCUUUGCAGCAAGCCAUCCUUCCAAGAUUGCAGGCAGUGCGAAUCAGCAGCCUAAGUUUGCAAGCCCUGUUUCAGUGAUGCCCAGUUCUCCAUGCCAACGUACUAUGGUUACUUGUUCAUCCUCCACUCAGGCCAGUUCUUCAGGACAGCCAUCAUUGACCAUGAGCUCCCCACCCUUAUUCUCAACUUCUCCCAGGCUAAGGAAUGUUGGUACAAAUCCAUUGCCAAUCACACCUGCCUCUUCUAGUGCACAAACUGUGGCCAGUAGCCCUUCUUCAAUCCAAAUGAGUUCUCCAAGGCAACGACCCACCGUAAUGGGUCCACCAUUAUUUCCAGUCACUUCUCCAGCAACUUCCCGUUCUUCUGCACUGAGCCCGCUACCACCUAGUAUCUACAACAACCCCUUUUCCCUUCUCCUCUUCGCUCUUUCUGAUUUACCUGAGGACAGCAGUGAUGAUGAUGACGAUGAUGAUGAGGAAGAUGAUGUUGAUUUGUCUAGUGUCCAAUUCGGUUCCAG